UGCGACUCUGCACCGAUCCUUCUUCUUUUCCUUCCUCUCGCUGUGACAGUGGGUGGAACAAACCGAAACCGGGAACGACAAGGAGAGAAGAUAGCUCGGCAGCAUCUGAAUCUCCAGGGACCUCCAUCCUCCUCAUAGUCUGCGGAAGGUAACGAGAUACGAGGCAGAGAAGGAGCAGCAGCAGAGCUUGGUGGCCGGCGGGGCGGGUGGGUUACGUAGUUAGGGAGAGGGGGGGGAGGCGGGGGGGGAAUGCAAAUGGAUGAUCAAGUCAGGACUGGGUUGGGAUGGCUGAAUGCCGUGGACGGUGUAGCGGCGGAGGAGGCAUUUUUGCAUUGCUGUGGCAGCGUGCGCUUUGCUCGGCGAAUGGCUGAUGCACGACCCUUCGGCAGUGUGACGGAAAUGAUGUCGACAGCGUCGGACAUCUGGUUCAACGAGGUGGACAUCAACGGCUGGCUGGAAGCCUUUGCCGCCCAUCCGAGGAUCGGAGGGGAUCAGCGGCGGCCGUCCAGCGGCUCCAGCGGCGGCAGGGUUGUUUCAUCGUCUGCUUUGGCGGCGGAAAGCUGGAGCGAGAUCGAGCAGUCUGCGGCUCGAAGCUCGACCGACCCACGCCUCACCGAGGAAUUGGCGGCCUGGAACAAGCGGUAUGAUGAGAAAUUUGGCCACGUCUUUCUCAUCUUCGCAUCAGGAAAAUCGACUGCGGAGGUUUUGGCAGCGAUCCAGAGUCGGUAUCCCAACCGGCCAAUCGACGAGCUUCAGCUUGCGGCGUCCGAGCAGCACAAAAUUACCACCCUAAGACUAAACCGACUUCUUCAAGGCAAUGGCUUGGCUGCAAGGUUGGCUGCUGCCCCACCAGACAACCCACCAGCGCUUUGUGGGUCUGCGCACGAGAAGCCAACCCUCGCCCCCACCCGCACCCCCACCCCCACCCCCAACCCGCUUGGGUCGCCAGUCUGUCGGCGAAUGGGACACAUAGAAGCGCAUUUAGCAGCCGCGGAAAUCCAAUCGCACCCGGCUGCAACGCCGACAGUGGUGACGGCAUCGUAUCCAAGUUUCAAUCAGGCGGUGCAGGCGCUGAGGUCGCCGAUAACCACACAUAUUUUGGAUGUUGCAGUGGGGUCGCCAGCACGGGGAGUCGGCGUCAAACUGGAUGUGUGGAGGCCAAGCAGCGAAGAAGGGGUAACUCCGAAGCAGAUUGGCGAUGGGAGAAGGCCAUGGGCAGGAAAUUUUGCUGCAACAGCGGCGGGUGGCGCUGCGACAACAAGCCCGUCGAUGGAUGGUAGGGCAGUCGGAGUGGGUGUUGAUGCGUCGGGGGGGCUGUCUGCAGGCUGGUGGGAGACCAUUGGUAUGUCAGCCACUGACAAUGAUGGUAGGUCAGGACCUCUCAUGGACCCAUCGGAUUACAUUGCUCCGGGUAGGUACAGGCUAACGUUCGAGACUGGUGUAUACUAUAUGGAUGGAGGAUCGGCAAUCGGACGGCCAGGAGGAACAACCCUUGCAUCUGGAGAAUCUACAAAGGGCUCCUCCGUCACGCCCAGAAGUGGUGAAGAGAUGAAAGCGCGGGGCGAAAGGGACGACAAGAGGUCUUGUUUCUACCCCUUCAUCUCUGUGACAUUUGACAUCAAGCCCUCUCAGACCAAGGAGCAUUUCCAUAUCCCGUUGCUCUUGUCUCCCUUCUCUUACACUACUUAUCGAGGAAGUUAGAGACAAAACUUCACAAAAGACAAAAAACAUGCUUUCGGUCCUCUUUUUGGGAGAAAUUUAGGUAGUGCUGGUGUUGGUGUACGAAAUUAAUCGGUUUGUGUUCGUUGGCCAUCGGGGUAGAAAUCGGGAUUGCAAAGCGGGGGGAAAAAAAAAAGAAGCUUUUGGUCCAUUUUGGGAGAAAUUUAGACAGAGAGCGAGGUGGUGUGUGCACAGAUGUGGGUCUUAACUUCUUUUCGUCUUUUCUUUCUUUCGUUGUUUUUUUGGAUUUCGCUUUCCCUCCUAUUUCCUUGGCCUUGGUGCAUUUUAAUUUCAAGCUGGCGAAUUUUAAUUUCAAGGUGGCUAAUUUGAAAUUUCAGCUCGACUGUGCGUUUGAAUUACAAGUUCAUUUCGCCUCCCUGUGUGUGUGAACACAGUUCCCACGUCCAGCUCGUCUAAGACGCGUGUUCUGAGUUUUAUAGAGAAAAUUUCUUCCUGUAUGCACAGAAGGGAGAGAGAGAGAGAGAGAGAGAGAGAGAGAGAGAGAGAGAGAGAGAGAGAGAGAGAGAGAGAGAGAAGCAUAGCUAUAGAGUGGAAAAAGGAGGCAGUUUCAUAGGCUUAGAAAAGGUUCGUUGGCAAUCCCAGACAGAACUUGAUGUAGGACUUUGUAAAUUUUGUACAUUUAAGGGAGAGGGGGGGAGGGGAGGGGGGAGAGGGGUGAAGAGGGGGGUGGGGAGAGAGGGGCGAUUUUGUCAGUUUUGAGAGCGCUUGUCAACAAAGACUUGUCAACAAAGAAGGUUUGAAACU